AUGGGCUCUCAAGGCUCAGACGCUCGACAGAUUGACGGCGUAGGAGGGGCGACUUCAACGACUUCCAAGGUUGCAGUUGUUUCGCCAUCAUCACGAAUGGGCGUUGAUAUCGAUUACACUUUUGUACAAGUAGCAGUGGGUCAGGAGGCGGUCGAUUUCAGCGGGAACUGUGGAAACAUGUGCGCUGGUGUUGGACCAUUUGCGCUACAAGAGGGACUAGUGCGUGCAAGCCCCGGAGAGAAGACGCUCGAUGUACGGAUCUUCAAUACGAACACUUCGCGGCUCAUCGUCGAUACCGUUCAAGUAAACGAGGACGGAUCGUUCGAUGAAGACGGAGACUACGCGAUACCAGGCGUCAAGGGAACCGGAAGCGAAGUAAAAGUGGCCUUUGUGGAUCCUGCCGGGAGCAUGACCGGAACUCUCUUUCCUACGGGGAGACGAUGUGAUACUAUUCAUGUGAAAGGACAAGACGGCAAUCGCUUCUCGGUCAAGGCGACGUUGAUAGACGCAGCGAAUCCUUUCAUCCUAGUCGACGAACGAACAUUACCGCCAAAUCUAAGGAGAGGGAGCAAAGACACCGCCGUCUACCUCAAGGAUAUGGAGUCAAUACGAUGUACUGGCGCUGUUUUGAUGGGUCUUGCUUCUGAUGUAGACGCUGCUGCAAAGGUCCGUGGUACACCGAAGCUGGCCAUCAUCUCAUCUCCUCAGCCAGAUGACCAUAGCCGGGAAGGCACGCCGGACAUUCAUGUCCAAGCUUUCAGUAUGGGCAAACCCCACCCGAGCCUGCAACUCACAGGUGCGGCAUGCUUGGCGUCGGCAGUGUGCAUAGAAGGUACCGUCGCCCACGGACUUGCAUCCGGCGGCAAGUUCUUCGGAUCUUCUACCGAGCCAGCGGAGAGUCUGUCUUUCGCAUUCGAGCGGUUCGAUCAAGGUUGA